AUGAAUGACAUGAAAUAUCAACUGCCUCAUUUUCUUAUUAGAGGGCUGCAGUUUAGCUGGGCGAAUGGAGAGGAAUUGGCAAAUUGGACCGGCACCUUUAAUUUCACGGAUGACGGAGCAGUGAAGAGUGGCAGUGACACAGGUACAAGGUACUUUGAGUUUUAUGAAGGUCCUUUGGAGUACAACUCAACAAAAUGCCUGGAGCUGAGGCAGGAUAUAAUUGAUGUGAAAGUGCUCUCUAUGGUGAAGCAAACUGAAUUGUUCGACAGGUGGAAGAGCUUGCAGAUAUGCAAAUGGGAGAUGAAUGUAACAGCAGCUAACCUAUUCAAGUCUACUCUAUCCAGAUGUUGCAAUGCCCCUGCAUUUCUAUUCACCACCCAGAAAAAUACUCCCCUGGGAACGAAACUGAAAUAUGAAGUGGAUACGAGUGGGAUCUUCCAUAUCAAUCAAGAAAUCUUCAGGAUGUUUCCAAAGGAUAUGCCAUAUUAUCGCUCCCAAUUUAAGAAAUGUGCUGUAGUUGGGAAUGGAGGGAUUCUGAAGAACAGCAGAUGUGGACGGGAGAUCGACAGUGCAGAUUUUGUAUUUCGAUGCAACUUGCCUCCUAUAUCUGAGAAAUAUACAGUGGAUGUUGGGGUGAAGACAGAUGUUGUGACAGUCAAUCCCAGUAUAAUUACUGAAAGGUUCCAUAAACUGGAGAAAUGGCGCAAACCCUUCUACGACGUGCUCCAGGUUUAUGAAAACGCAUCGGUGUUGCUGCCCGCUUUCUACAACACGCGCAACACGGAUGUCUCUAUCCGGGUCAAAUACGUCCUGGAUGAUUUUGAAUCUCAGCAAGCUGUUUACUACUUCCACCCGCAGUAUCUCAUCAACGUCUCGCGGUACUGGCUCGGUCAAGGGGUGCGGGCCAAGCGUGUUAGCACAGGGCUGAUUCUGGUGACUGCUGCCCUGGAGCUGUGUGAAGAGGUCCACCUGUUUGGCUUUUGGGCUUUCCCCAUGAACCCCUCAGGGAUUUUUAUAACUCAUCACUAUUAUGACAAUGUCAAACCUCGCCCUGGCUUCCAUGCUAUGCCAUCAGAAAUCUUCAACUUCCUUCACAUGCACAGCAAAGGUAUCCUGCGGGUUCACACGGGGACCUGCAGCUGCUGUUGAUGGUUGUGUCUUUUUCCUCUGGUGUAAAAGUGCAACAGGAACUUACUGUCUGUGUUUAGUGUAGAAGAGUUUUCUUACAUCAUGAGAUUAUGCAAUAAUUGUUUGAUACAAAUUUCUCAAGGCAUUGCGUUCCAUAGGAGCUGGGAUAGCAGCAUCUUUCCUGCUAGCUGAGUAGGGUUCACUUUGAUUCGGGUAAAGCAAAACUCUUGUGUCACACGAUAUGCCCUGCCCUAGAAAUCAAAUCAAGUAAGAAGCACAUUUCUAAUAGGUUUUAGAGAUCCACAAAGCACAUCAGUGUAGGUGUCAUUUCACUUUCAGGAAAAGCACCCAACUGAACUCACUGGUUGAGGAGGAUUUUAGCACACGGUGGAUGGCAUUACACAGAUGCUUCUGAAGCAGACACCACUGGACAUCGGCAGUUUUAUUGCAACAGUGGUUCUCAUGCAUUCAGAUUUUAAAAGGAAGUUCUUUAUGUAUCCGUGUAGUUCAAAGGGCAAAUAUAUAAGCUGUGAUCUUUAUUCCGUCAUGUCACACCGUACUGGCGAAACGCAUCUGCUAGAUGUGAUACAGCCAAGACGGUCGUUUGAGAAGAAUUCAGGCAAGAUGCAGCGGGGGGCUAAACUCUAGUUCCCAGCGACGCUAACUAUCAAUAUCAAGUCUUACUGAAUCAGUAAGAGCACCACAGAUUUUUCUUCCCUGUGCCUCCCCCCAUCAAGUCUCCUUCUCUUCUCCAAAUGCAUCUGUCUUUCUCAUAGAUGUAAUACUUCCUUCCAGCCAAAAAGGCUAACAAUGUCUAUGUAUGUCUUCUUCGGCAGUCACCAGCUCUGGCCUUCAGACAUUGUUUCCAAGCACAGGAAUGCAUUGUCCCCUCUGAAUCCUGCCAGAUCGUUUUCAAGCUGAAUGGCACUUGUAUCGCUCUGUUGAGCCAUCAAGACGAUUCUGCAUGAUUUGGGCAGAAUUGAUGUUUUGGGAUUCAAAUGACACAGAGCACAGGAGCGAAUAAGGCUAUUCUGAAUAUUUUGUUGAUUUUGAUGAAGUACCAGAACUGUGAUGUGCUGUCGUGUAAGUUGUCUAGUUAUGUCAUAAAUGUAAGUACCUCCUGGGAGGUGCUCAUGGGUGGGGGAAUGAUGUUAGGACACAAUGGGAAAACUUAGUUUGAUGAACAUGAAAAUGAUGUACUUAAGGACCUCAGGUGUCUUAAUUAGACACUGCUUUAUGCUGAGGGCAUCCUUACAAUUGUUAUCCUAUUUAAGGCUAGUUUAGACUUAGAAGAUUAACCAGUGUGAGUGUGUCAGUUGUGCCAGGGGGAUUGUUUUGCUUCCAUAGUUAAUUUGGUAAAAGCUCUAAUGUAGAUGCGAUUUUCCUGGUUACAAAGGCAUUGUGUAUCAUCAUAUUUAGAAUAAUAUUAAUAUGUUAUAUGAUAUAAUAUAUUAAUAAUUAUAUUUAUUUUGGUUCUGAAACUGGUAUAAACGAUACUGGUAUAUGUAUUCUCAUGCUGGCAUAAUCGUGUCCACACUAAGAUGGAGUUUGCUGCUUUUAGUAUGCCGUUGUAAUUGAAAAAGCAACAUUUUGAAGUGCAGACAAGCCUUUAACCUAAAGUAAAUCCUCUGGCAGAGUAUACUUUUGUAUAGUGAUUAUGGGUCUGUUAAGGGUAGAGGAUAGUGCCUGGGAUCAUGCCUUUCCCCAGGACUAUCAAAACUUACAGCUGAAUAGUUUACUAUUUUUGCAGGCACCCUAUCUUUGUAAACUGUUGCCAUACUGAUUUAGCUACACCUUUUCUGGCCUACGUGGAAGAGGCCUCCUUUUAGAGACAGGCUGAGUGUGUGGAGGUUGGAUCCAGAAAAGGUUUCCUUAGCCAUCUUCCUCAAAAGCAGCACUCACCCAGGUCGGACAAGUUCUGCCCUUUCCGCAACCUAUCCCACCACUCCCUCCCUUAUUCCUUUAUUUGAGAGCUUUCUUCUGCGUGCCUGGCUUUAACCAUUAACCUGUCUCCUUCCAGCUGUUUAUCCUAUUUCUAAAGGUGCCAUCAACUUAAUUUCUAGCCCUUCUCAACUCCUGUUAUCCCAGUGUCCACUUCUAACGACCCAGCUGAUGUCAGAGACAAACUUUAUUGAUUUCAGUAGUAGCAGUUUUUGGCCCUAAUUCUUUAUCUCCAUAGUCACAUGUACUGUCCUUCCUGUCUAUUGGGCUCACAAUCGUUGGCGUUGCUUUACAAUCAUUGGUGUUGCUCACAAUCAUUGGGUUGUUUUUCACUGUCUGUUUGCUUUUAUUCAGGCUCAUCAAAUCCUGUAAAUUUUGCUCCAUGAAUAUCAGCAACCGUGCCAUUAAUAACCUACUUGCUGGUUCUCACUCACCUGGCUAUUGCAACAGGUUCCUGUCGAUUUUCCCUGACUUUUCCCCUCUCCCUUUUGGCCUGGACAAACAAAAGUGCUGCUAACACCUUACUUGGUCUUGCUUCUGAUCCUAUUGACCUUUUCCCUAGGACCCCACUAUGGUUCCCCAGCUCUUACUGUAUCACGUCCAGUCAUCUACGCAGCGCUACAUGACCUUGUCUCUUUGCUCUCAUUUCUCCUACUCCAUCAUCCUCUUCCCAUGCAUUUCCCAUGGCUGCCUGCAUCUUUAUAACUUCCUCUGCUUCAUGCCUCCUUCAGCUGGGGCAGUCUUGCCCUCUUCCCCGACAGUUCUCUCUCUUCGUCAUCUUCACGUCUUUCCGUGCUUGAUGUGCUGUCCAGUGUUUUGUCUUGUCUAACUUAGAUUUCAAGGGCUUUUAUCAAGGAAAAUGUCUUAAUUGGUGUAUGGAUUGGGAGUUUUUAAAUGCAGGUUAUACGAAUGUUUGUUUGUCUAGGGUGGCUUAGACAGAGAUGAGUCUCCCUGGGGGUUGGACUAGAGGGUCUCUGAGGUCCUUUACAGCCCAGUUUAUCUUUGAUUCUGUGGAGUGCUGUGUAAAUGUACGUGCAUUAUAUGUGAUGAUUAGUUUUGGGGUAAAGUUGAAGUCUGAGCCAGAGUUUAGGGUUUUUAGUUUACAGAGAUCUAAUAAGCUCACAAGAUGUUGUCUGCCUCCCAUUCAGCUUGAAGGCAUUCUGUUUCGAAGCCCCUUUCCCAUCCCUGCAGCUAUCAAAAUGGCUUACUCUACACACAAAACAUAAGGAUUAAAAGGAAAUAAAAUACAGCAGAUAUUAUUUAAAAAGUCACUAUUGACUAGCAGUGACCAGAAGGGGACUGGAGUUACUACUAUAGUUCUCUGUCUUUGGAAUAGGAAAUGCGAUAAGAUUUAAGGUCACAGUCUAGUGACAUGAGAGUAAUAGAGUAUAGAUUUCAGAAGUCAAAUAGGAGAAGAAUAGCUGGAAUCGGGCAAGAUGCCUGUAUUUGGGGGUCCUGUGUUUCUUGCUGCCAGGGAGGUGUAUUACUUUUUAGUGGGCAUUUCUUUGUAAAUAAUAAGCAUCAAAUUCUAAGCACAGUGAGUGCAAAUUGAUGGAUGUCUGAGUGCAUGGUAUGAGUUGCCUUGAUUUUGCAUAUAAAAGAAACAUGUGUCUUUGAUGUGUAAAAUGAUGUCUAAAGGGCUUUGAUGAUGAAAAGUGCAAUGUAAUCCAGUGACUUGGAGGUCAGGAUGGGAGUGGAAAGGGUCUGAGUUCUAUUCCCAUUUUUGCUAUAGAUGGCUGGUCUAAAUGGGAUUAAAUUGGAUUGAAUUAAAUGGGAUUGAAUGUCUGGGCCUUGGUUUGUCCAGCUGUGAAAUGGAGAUGACAUUGGUCAGCUACUGUCUACAAGAUACUUUGCGAUCUAGGAUGAAAAGUGUUACGUAACAGCAGGUAGCAUCAUUAGAACAUGCAUAACAUUGGUCAUCCUGACAGUAUCCAGCAAACACCAAUCAACUAAUCUUCCCGAUACACAGAUUGUCAUGCCCUCUUAUUAGAGCUCAAGAAACCAAGGCAAGAGUCAAGUAGAUGAAUUGCCUGAGGCCAAGGGGUGAGUCUGUGUGAGAGCUGGGGUUAGCACUGGUGGCCCAGCCCUUGUCUAGCCCACUAGAAAACAACGCCUCUCGUUAUGCAUUAAGCUUUAUAAUAAUGGGAACGAUCCUGAAGCCCUUACUAGGAUUCAGUCAUUCUUUCUGAGCAAAGUGUGAGCAAAGGAGUUCAGGAUUUGGCUCAGUAUUGCUGUGCUGUGGGUAUCUCCAGAGGUGCAGCAGCACAGCUGCGCGCCCAGGGCAGUGCCGGCUCCUAUCCUGAUUGUGUCUGGAUUGUCAGCCACCACUGGGAUAAUGGCUGCUUUUCCACCUCCCCGUAAAAGCAGUGCCUGCGGGUGCUGCUCCUGUCACCCCUCCUCAGUUACACUACUGGGUAUCUCUGUGGUGGAGGGUAUUUUGUUCUGAAUGAAGUGAACAGUGAUUAGGAGCCUGACAUAUUGUGAAAGACACUAGUAAAAGAAGGAAAGCACUGGAAAGGUACCUGCAAGUAGGAAGAUAAUGGUGCAAUUCUCCUUUUUCAAUCUCAAUUUCAAUUCACUUGGGUUUUUAGGACAGAAACUUGACUCUUGGAUAACGGAUCUUCCUUCCCUUUGGUCAUUUCACAUGAAUGAAUAAUGUACCUAAAACAGUGGUAUACUGUAAGAAGUACAGUUUUGCCGUGUUUGGUGAUGAUUCUCUAAUUAUUCUAUUUUUUUAGUGAUUUAAGAAUUAAUAUGCAUGAUGCUUCCAACUAACAUAAAAGGCCCAGACCAGCAGUGUUCAUCCAGGCAAAAACUUGUGUUGAAGGAAAUGGGUGGUUGAUUUGUGUAGGGACUGUGGAACCUGGCCCCAAACCUAUGCUUCUCAAGCUUUUCGUGUUGGUGUACAUAAAUGGGUGGACUUAGAGAUAUAUGAUAGCAUAUGGAACCCAUAUAUAUAUUUUUAAAUAAUUGUAUCAUAUGUGGUUAGUCUAUGAUGUGAAAUAUAUGCUGUUUCCUUGAGAGUUUAUUGUUACUUAUCUUGUUCAUUUUUCAGAUUAUUGCUGGAAAAGGGACUUAAGAAAAGUUCUUGGCAUUUUGAAAAUGCCCUGAAUGGUAUUUCUUUGUCCUGGGCUCAGGUCUUGCACCAGGCCCCCAAACCCCAGACAACUACCUGCAGAAAACAACGUCAAGGGGUCACAGUUGCAGGACUCUGGCAGUAUGGAGCAGCUUUCAGGAACUAGGUCUGAGAAGGCCGUAUUGUUCUCUGUGUGCAAUACAUAAAUGUCACAGAAGGGAAUGCGCCUCUUCUAAUGCACAGUGCUCAUUGCUUGUGAAAUGAAGCUGCAGAAUGGGUUGUUCAGUGUUCAAACCAGCCAGAGUUUAUGGCAGGGUGGGUAAAAUGGCAGAUCUGGCCUGUGGUCGGACUCCAUUUCCUAGCAGCCCCUGCCCAUGCAGCUCGCGGCUGGUCUGCGUGGAGACCCCAGGAUCAUACGGCUGCAGAACCAGGGCUUUGCCCCAGCCCUGGCCCAUUGCUGUUGGAGCCCCACAAUCCUGGGGUCUCCACCGGCCAGGGGCUGCUCUGGGGCUGUGAUCUUGGGGCGGUGACAGCCCAGGGCCGGAGCUGGGGCAGAGCCACGGUCCAUUCCCUGCACACCCGGCCCAUGAAACCCACGCUUGUCACAGGGGCGUGUGGGCAGUGGAUCUAACCCUAAACCUAACCCAGGAGGAGCUGCUGCCGCAGGGGCUGCUGGGAAAUGAAGUCGGCUGCAAUUUUGCCCACCCCUGAUUUAUGGCGCAGCAGCCCUGCCUAAUGUUGCCAUUUAGACAAGAGGACAAAAAGGGCUAAAAGACUGUUAGGAAAGCCACACCAUUGCUCUUCAGUCUUUAUUUUGUUUCCCACUUUAAUCAGUGUUAAGCUUCAGAAAACCAGGAAAUUCACGAUAAUUGAUGGUAUCUGGCUCCCCCACGUCCAGUGAAAACAACAAAAAUAGCCACUCUUAAAGGACCCUCUGUUUAAAUGUCCUUUUACACCUGGUAUAUCUGGCUGACCCUCAAUGGCUGUAAAUGAAGAAGUCAGCUGCUGGCGAGUUGCCCACCAAGGGCUCCUAUACCCCUGCCAGAUGUUUGGUCCAACGCGUGCUAAUUAGCACACAUUGGAACAGACUCAAUUAAUCAAGUUUGCUGGAGCGUGUUAAUCAACAUGCUCCAGUAGCCUCCAUGUCACCUCUAUUCAGCAUCCCUGUGCUUCAAAAUGAUGGCAGGGAUGCUUUAACUAAAGCUUCUUGAACGAGCUUUAGUUCAAGUGCCUCCGCCACGAUCUUGAAGUGCAGAGCACUGAACACACGUGACGCUGCGGGCCCUUUAAUUAGAGCAGCUCUCAGAGCCGCUCUAAUUAAAGUGCCCCCCUCAUCCCGGAGCAUGUGUGUAGAUGCUACCUGCAUAAAGGGGAUCCUUUUCCAUUUUAAACUACUGACAUUUCACACGGAAAAGGCUGCAAUAAAAACAUCUGACUUGUCAUAGCAGGAACUUGCUCAGCAAUUUAGCAUCACUCUGGGAGGUUAACGUUGACUCUUAGCCACCUUGCUGAGCAUGGGAAUAGCUGGGAGAGGGGCAGAGGAAAUGAUAAUAUUAGCAGUUAUUUGCUGGGUCCAGAUAUUAUUCACGUGAAAUUCUGAGGGAGGCGGUAUUAGGUUAACAUUACAACAUAACAGUGGUAAUUGGGCAUGGGACACAUGGGCUUACACUGGAUGGCAGUGCAGGAUUGAGGGAGGGAAGGGUCGAUGGGACUGCUCCUUCUUUAGUGGCUGGUCCAGCUAAGGGUGUCAGUCAUUUCAGGAUAAGCAGUGUAGUCUCUUGCUUUCAGCUCUGUCGGUCUCAUGUUCAAACCCUGGUGUUGAUCAAAUGUGAUAGAUCAACACCAGGGUAAAUCCUCUGUUGUGUACUGCAGCAUAUCCUUUGUGAUUCCACUGGUGCGUGGUAAAGUCAACUCACACUGCCUACGGGUCUCUCAUCCCUGGGCUCCAAGAUGCUCCUUGGAGGCUCCACCACAUGUCAGUACCUGGGAGUUACCUAGGGUAGGCUUCAGGACAUGGCAAGUAAGCCCAUGAGCUUCACUGAAGAAACCCUAGGGAGAGGGUAGCAGGUUGUAGUGAUGACUGUUGCAGGGGCACUACAUUUUGGAAGCUGCAAUAACAACUGCAUAGUUGCUGCAUGGUGCUUGUACGGGAAGAUGCAAGUUUGACGUAGACAGCCCCCAUGCACAGAGAGAUCAUUCACCCAGAGUGAUUGAGUGAUGUGAAAGAGGGGCAGAGAAACCCAACUGGAGAGAUGCAUUGUGCCACGAAUAAUUUACACUGAAUGGGUGGUUUGUUAAAUCAACAGGGACUGUGGCUUCUGUUUGUAACACAGCACAGAGAUAGAGCGGUCCUUCCUGUUAGAUGUUAUGCUGUGCGCAAUGGGUCAGUGCUUUCUGGAGUCGGUGUGUGAGGGGGUUCCUGAACAAACACUGCUGGAACAAGCGGCUAGGGGACUUGCUUCUUCUCUGGGCCUUUUGUGGCAUAGACCUUUGCAAUCGGAACCCUGAAUUUCCAAAAUGAUACAACCCUGAGGAUAACCCUGCUGUUCACCUGGCUUACAUCUCAUUGCGCAGAGAGCUCUGGGACUUUUGCAUGUGAAUUAAAAGGGAAACCCUUACAAAAUUCUGCAGCCCUUAUUCUGCCCAAACUCCCCUUGGAACGUGGGAGUCACUAGGAGCUUGGCUUGACUUUGGAAUAAAAGUCCAGGCCACAGUGGGCAUUAGUAGGCAUCUAUAUGCCACAGGCCAGAUCCAUAGCCCAAUCACUUACGGAGUCAAGGGGAUGGGAUUAUGGGGACUGAGCCCUGAUUGCAAUGGUGCAAGCAGCUUAUCAUUUCUCAGCCAGUUGUAUAGAUUGUAAAUAUUGGAUAGUAGCAUUACAGUGUUUUUAAUUGUGUGUGUGCAGACAAGAAGCAAAUCUUACCUGGGGACAGAAACUUUGCGUAUCUCCCUUUCUCCUCCAGAUUCCUGCACCUUCAUCUCUGGGAAGCAUCAUAUUUCCAAGCCAUCUAUGCAAAGCAUUUCAUGGAGAUAGCGCAAAUUGCCAUAUAAAAUCGCAGGCAAUGUAAAUACUAAUCAGGCUUCCCUACCUGAUUGGGUGCAUGUAGGAAUCACACGCCUUGAGGAAAGGGCCAUUUCCUUGGAUCUGGGUGGCAUUCCUUGGUGAUUCUAAGGCGGGGUGCUCAACCUUUCAGCCCCGUGGGCCAGAUGAGGGGUGCGGGCUGAUUCGGCCUCCGCAUGCUAGAUUUGGGCCCUGGAGUCCUGCACCACCUCUGCCCACUGGGAUCAGGCCCCAAAGCCUCCUGCCACCCCUGCCUGGUCUUGCAUGCUGAGAUUUGGCUCUGGUGGGUCCCGCGUCACCUCGGCUCAUCCCUAUGUACGAGGUUUGCCACGCUGCGCUCCCAAUUUAGUACACAGGGCAAUGACCUGCGAGGCUCCUCAUGGACCUGUGGGAAACUCUACGGGCUGGAUGAUAUGGUGCUGGGGGCCAAAUCUAGCCCACGGGUUGAGGAUUGAGCAAACCUGUUCUAAUGGCUUUGGGACAAGGGUGCAAUCUCCCUCCUUUAAAGUCCUCAGGAGGUUUGCAGUUGGCUUCUGUGGGGCAGCAAUAGGGCCUCACAGCUCUCAGUUAAAGUUAUAGAUGAAUGGAUAACAUAUCACUGGAAAAACCACUUCAGUAUUAUGCUGUGAUCCUUGUAAUGGGAAUGGGCAAUUCGGCGUAAGCGUGUCAUUUGCAUGGUAUUGGAAAAUCAACAGCAGCUGUAGUUAGGGAAGUCCUUUCCAGCAACCCGAGGGGAGAGCCGACUGUGCGCUGGUAUGACAGUGCAGGGGUCUGACAUUUCAUGCCUUGCGUACAUCAAAAUCCCAUAGACUGCCCUGCGUAUGUGGGGUACAUUUGGGAUGCAGGCGCGAGCCUUACUGGGAAACUUUGGACAGUACAAAAACCUGCCUUGAAUGUAUGCAUGGGGCUGGAAGCUUGUAAAUAAAUGACUAUGCUACUGAUAUGUCUGAGUUCCCUUUAGAAAGCCAUACAUGUUCUCCAUGUUCAGUUUGGUGAGCUGAUGUGCAUCCUUUUAACACCCCCAGUUACUGUAACAAGUUAGUGCACAACAUGGUUACAAGUUCAUGCAACGGAUAACCAGAUAACAUGUUGGAUGGAUCUAAAAACUGGCAUCCUCUUGAACUCCUGAGGGGAAUCAAGGCAUUGAAGUCUCUCCACUGCCCCAUAAAGUUUGUAUAUACCAUAAUUAAUACCAACAUUAUUGGUAAGGAACACCCAGGACCAAGCUAGUCCUGUUGGUUGCAUCACCGGAUGCUGUAGAAGUGAUGCACACCGGAGACCCUGUGACUGAACCUUGCAAGGAAAACUGCUUGCUACCGGUGGUGACCUUCAUUUCUUUGCUUAGGGUCUACGUCUUGCAAAACGUAGUAAGGUCUUUUAUCAGAUGUCAGCCUUCAGCUAAGUGAAAUUGUACUGUGUUUGAUAGAGACCUUCACACAAAGGAAAAGAGAGAGGGAAAAAUGCUGGUUCAAUGUCCUCCAUUGUCAUCUGAUAGAAACAAAUAUUCCAAUCCAUUGGAACAAAUGUCUGUGUCUUCAAGCUAAUGGACGUGGGCUACUAUUAAAAUAAACUGUGUUCCUGUUUUCUGUCAUGUUUAGGUGGGGGAAAAAUCAACUUGAUUUAUGCCUACUUGUUAACAACCUCAUGUUCAUGGAUUCUUGGUUUACUAAAAUCUUCCACCUUGUAAUUUUUGCUUAUUGUUUUUGUAGCUGUACUCCAAUUGUGAUAGAAAGCCUAUCAAUUGAUGUAAGCCAUAACUAAAACAGUAAUCAGGGUACUUUUUUUGGUCUGUGUCACUGUGUUUGAAAGACAACUUAACUCAGUCCAAUA